AUGGCUGCAGCGACGGGUACGUACGACACAUGGACACCGGAUGGCGGCGAUGGCGACACGGGCAGCGAGGCAUUAUUCACCGUCACCCGCACUUUGAGAGACUACAUCACCGUCUACAUGCGGCCGGGCAGAAGGAUAUGGACAUCAUUCCCUACAGACUUUGGCAGCGCGGAUGGUCGAAAGGUCGUCAUGUUCUGCGCACGCUUCUGCGAUCUGCUGUCGGAGGGCUAUACUAUCCAAGACAUAAAGCAUUGGUGUGUUGCUUCAUCGAAGCGGGAAGUCAUGGUCCAGCGCCCACGAUCUUAUGGUUGGUGGGUGAAUGGCGGAUGGGAAUUCAUGAAAGCAGUGCUGGAUGAAGCGAAUGCCUUGGAACGCAACGGGACAUGGACACCAGAGCGCAUCGCUUGGGACAAGAAGGAGCCAGAGGGCGCAGUCACCAAGGAAGAGAUCAGAGAGUACGCUCAGACAGCCUUUUCUCCAUCUUCGUCCUUUUCCGCUGCUCGCUCUCCCGACACGGCCUCGCCGAUAUACCCUGAGCGAGCGAUUAGACCACUCCCUCGGAAUCGACUGAAGUCGAAGCUCUCGCCAGAGCAAGCGUCCACCAUUCAGUUCCCUCCCGAACCACCGCCGAUUCCGCCCACCUUGAGCUUCAACAUACCCGAGACGAGCGCACCGAACCAUCAUCGUCAUCUCACGAAUGGUCACGCACACCGCGACCACGACCACGACCACGACCACGAUCACGACCCCGAUGACGAGGAUUACGACCAUUGUCAACACCGUCGUGGACAUAGACUAGUCCACCAUCACUGCACUUGCCAUGAGGACGCUGACAGUGGUGAGGAUGAGGUCGAGUUCGAUCAUCCAGAUUAUCGCUAUCCUCCUGCACCCAUGAUGACGAAUGGCGUCGCGGUUAAGCCGGUGGACUCGCUGCAACGAAGAUUGGUGGAAGCUGCCCGCGCAUCAGGCAAAUCUCCACCAACCGGGUCAACAGCAUCUUCUGCGGAUGGGUAUGAGAGUUUCGAGAACACCAGCAACAAGAAGAAGAGAAAGAUUCCGCUGUCAGGAGCCUCGAGCAUGCACCAGAGUUCACUCAGCGCCGAGAUGGCCAACAUGGGCAUAAGCAAUACACACAGGAACGGCGCACCGGACGAUAUCUCUGUGCAUGGUAUGACGGCAGCAGAGCUGGAACAGUAUCAUGCCCAAGCUGCGCACGCGAGCAAUGGAGGCUCAGGGACAGGCAUCAGCGGUGCCGGCCGCGGGAGAUACGGCCGCCAGGAAGCAAGGCACCGCAAGCCACUCGCCCACGCCGUCAACACCAGCAAUCUGCACAACUCGCGACACCCGAAUGGCACUGUUCGCAGUGACGAUGCAGCAGACUCCGGGGUCGAGAACACGGGUGGAAUCAUAUCGCAGGCCAUCAAGACGGCUGCAGAGCAAGGGCCUUUGACUCCCGCGGUGAAAGGUCGGGAGAACGUGAGUCUUCUCCAGUCAGCAGCUAGCCUGUCCACCUCCACAACUCCCAAGACACAGUUCACCUUUACCUGCGAAUCCGAUUCUGCCACUAAGAUGGUUGACCAGCAUCCCGCCCACGCUGCACCAUAUGGCACACCCACCCCUCAGCGACAUGCCGCAGCGCCGGGGAAGAGUACGCAUGGCACCCAGACCACGCCCAGCCACCGAGGGGGCCAUCCGCCCAUCAACAAUGCCGCACGACCGCCGCCACCCCCUGCGAACCAUGCACCUCCAACUAGCCAUCAUCACCAGCAGCAGCAUCAACAGCAGCCCGCGCCUUCACCGAAGCCGAGACCCCGUCGAAACCCCACGAGAGAAUACGCCCUACAAGCCGCUCAACGGAAGAAGAAUCAGCAGUAUCAGAACUACCAUCAUCAGCCCAAGCCCCAAGAUGUGUACAUAUGCAUGUUCUGCGAGUAUGAAGACAUCUACGGCGUGCCGCCCUACGCCCUCAUUCGUCAAUACGAGAUCAAGGAUCGUAAAGAGCGCAAGAAGGCUGCCGAGAAGCGCAGAUUGCUGGAGAAGGCCAAGAUGAAGGGACGCAAGAAUAAGAAAGGCGCGAAAGGGAAGAACAAUGCCGUUAACAAUGCUGCAAACCCAGCACCACCGAACCAACCUCAAAACUACGACCCGAAUCUGCCACCUCCAGAUGGCGAAGAGUUCUACGAUGACGAGGAAGAAGACUAUGAGGGUGAUGAGUACGAUCCGGUCGGAGAGGACGAGGAAUUCGAUAACGAAGGAUACUACCCACCACCACCGGCACCUGCCAGCACCCCAGCGAUGCCGCGCCUCGAGAGGGUACCCGGAUAG